ACGACUCUACGAGUAAGUACAAUCCAAUCCGUUAGUCGCCGACCGACUCUCCGGGAGAUCGGCGGAUGCUAGAUAGUAGAUACUAGGGUAGUAGAGGCCCGCUAGCGCUUUACAACCCAACUCUAGGCUCCGAGCUGGAGACGUGAGCCCAAAGAUCCAGCAGGGUAUCGACGAGAUACGCAACUAAGUUAUCCUUAUCGGGUUCCCUGCUCUGAUGGAUUCCGAGAAAGUUUGCAGGCGCCUCGGCCGACGACCGGGCUUGUCUUUCCUUUCUGGACAGCGCUGGGUUCAUUCAAAGGUGCGCUUGCGCCAGCACAUUUGAUCGAAGUUCUCCUCGGUUUUCCCAUCAACCACAGCAGUCCAGUCUUGACGGAACAUCAUCCUGCAAGAUGUCGACCGCACCCAUGGCGAACGGCUCUGAGGAGGACCUCUUUGACGGUGCGUACCAGCGCCAGUCGCGGCCAAGGCAGCUGCGCUCCAGCAUGUCCAAGAUGGUCAGUAGCCUCUCCUGGACGAUCAAGACGGCAUCAGAUGGAAUUCAAGACUGGACUCCAUUCGUGCUCGUGUUUUGUUAUUUCGCCUUUUCCAUCUGCAUCUACAUGGUUGCGUCGUCGGGGGUCAUGAAGGUCUUCUGGUUCGUCUACCUGAUGACCAACACUUACAUCGCCGCUUCUACCGUUGUCGAAGCCAUGUUCAGUGUGGGCAAAUACCACGAAGCCAAGGUGGCCGCGGCCAAAGUCGAAAAGAACCACUGGACCUUUCCGACCCCGGACGCGGAAAUGAAGAACCUCGACCUAUGCAUUGUCGCCUACCUGCCCAACGAACAAGAUAUCAUCCUCGACCGCAUCAACUAUCUGUUGCAGGAGAUCGUUUACCCGCGCGAUAAGCUCCGCAUUGUCGUUCUCUACAACACGCCAACCCCCAUUGAGCCUCUUGAGACUGAGAUGCGCGCCAUGAUGUUGAAGCACCCAGAACUGCGAGUUAUCAAGGUGCCCAAGUCUAAGUCGAAGGCCGAUAACAUCAACUACUACUGUUCUCUUGAAAAUGAUGCGGACGUGACGGCCAUCUUUGACUGUGAUCAUUACCCGCACCCGUACAAUCCGCGAUGGGCAGUGGAGAACUUCCAGCGCGAUGAUCAAGUCGAUAUCGUCCAGGGCCGCUGUGUUAUCUUCAACUCAGACGACACCCUCUUGACUGCCAUGAUCUCGGUCGAGUUUGACAAGAUCUAUGCCGUCUCUCACCCCGGACGCUCUACCAUGUUCGGGUUUGGUCUGUUCUGCGGUUCCAACGGUUUCUGGCGAACGUCUCUCCUCCGGCACCUGAAGAUGGACGAGACCAUGUUGACCGAGGAUAUCGAUUCGGCCCUACGAGCCUUUGGUGUCGGUGCCAAGGUCAUCCAUGAUCUGAACGUCGUCUCAUUCGAACUGGCCCCGACUACAUGGCCAGCUUUCUGGAAGCAGAGACUUCGAUGGAGUCAGGGCUGGCUGCAGGCCAGCGUAAGACAUAUCCAUAAGGUCUGGACUCGAUCUCCGGAGGGCCGGAAGCGCACGCUUACCCACCGGUUUGGCUUGCUCUCGCUGCUCUACAUUCGAGAAUCCAGUUACUACUUAGUUACACAGUAUCUGUGCCUGGUGGCUGCGAUCGUUAUCAUGCGAUGGCCUCAGUCGGGCGAAGACCUCUUUAAACUGGUGUUCUUCAUGUACCCUGUUGCAUGGUGGCUCUUUAUGUUCAGUUGCAUUUCCUACGUUGUUACUCUCUGGAUCACCUUCCACACACGAUCCGAGUUUGUGCGGUGGUGGCAUAUCAUCGUCUUCACUUUGACCUACCCGGCCCAGCUUAUCCUGACAGCGGUAAUGGGUCUAUUUGGCCACGCACGCCAGGUCAGCAAAUACGUCAAGUGGAACCCGACCCCGAGAAGUUAGCCGGCACGGGCUGGUCGGUGGAGCAAAUGAGAUUUGGUUACGUAUGAGGAGUUUUGGUUUUUUUUGGACUUUUUGGGCUGUACACAUUACAUUUAUCCCGGUUCUUUUUGGGUUAGCAAAAGUGGGAUAUAGAGUGGGAUAUAGAUGAUUCUUCAUUUUUGGUAGCGAGAAAAUGCUUGGCAAUGCCUGUUUUCUUCCGACUUGGAUC